CGGGACGUCUAAUCUUCUCUCCCCGUGUGGAAAGCGAACUUUACUGGCAACACGAUUACCAUCCAGUCUCAUUGAAAUAAGAUUUUUGUUCUCGCUACCGCUUUUUAAUGAGACUAUAUUAUUACUGUCAGUGACAACACGAGCUGGGUGAGUGGCCAUUGCCUCUGACAUGCCUCGAGUCAACGAAAUGUAAACUCAUGGUCAUAUUGGCUCCAGAUCUCAAUCGCGUGACUGUCAUGGCAGCUGGAUUAUGGCCCUUGGUCCGUCAGCACAGUAGCUUUACAUGAAUCCGCCAUUGUAUGCAUUUAUAUGUUAAUUGUUACUUAUGUUGUUGCGAUGGCUACAGUGUAAACUGGCGAUGACUUGGCAAUAUUUAUUUCCAAUCGUGAGUCGGCAGUUUAACUUGGCGAGGAGGUCGAUACGCGGACUGUCACUUGCCUCGCCUGCGCAACAUUUUACAUCCGCAUUACUGAAGCAUUUACCAGCUAUGGAGUUGGAAGGACGUGUGAUCGUGUACUCCAUCCUCGGAUGCCCUCACUGUAUGCGGGCCAAGAACAGUCUGCAAGAACUGCGAAUACCGUAUUCCGACGUCGGCCUUGACAAGUUUCCCCAGUGUCGACAGGAUUUGCAAACACGCACUGGGAAGAAGACGGUACCGCAAAUAUUCUUCAACGCUGUUCACGUCGGUGGAAACGACGACCUACAGAAACUGAUUGCGGAAGACAAGACACGUCUAAAUGAGCUGAUUGAAGAUGUGAAGAACAACGCACCACCUAAAGAUGCUCCAGAACUCCCUGACCCAAGCACUGCUGCGGAGGAUUCAGAUGCUGAUGAUUUUACAUGUGAGCCGGACGAGUAUGCGAGGCUUGUGCAGGAGCUGAGACAGAGUGGCUUGAUUGCCGACCAUCGUCAGGGGCUCACCGUCCACAAGAAAUCCUUCAUGGGGAAAGACUUUGUGGACUGGGUAGUCAAGAACAAGGGUUUGGAACGAGAGCGUGCAGUGGAGAUGGGCCAGCAGUUGGUGGAGAAACACUUUAGCCACCAGGUCAAGUCAGGCCAGGAGACGUUCAAGGACGAUAAGGUGUACUAUCGCCUGCUGGAUGAUGAUGAUUCAAUCGCCCUCAAUGAUGCUGGAAAGAUGUCGGAGUGUGAACCGCGACAAGCUAGUGACCUUGGAGGCGAACUCAGGAAACUCAUUCUGAAGCUGUACAACGCAUUCCUGUCUAAGGACGGUCGGAAAGUGAAUUAUGCUGGAAUCGGAGGAAGCAGUGAGUUUGAGCGCUACACAAAGCUCACCAAGGAACUCCUACGAGUCCAGAUUGUUGAUGCAACUCGUGAGGAGAAACUUGCGUUCUUCGUCAACGUGUAUAACGCCCUCGUAAUCCAUGCCAACAUCGUGAAGGGACCUGCCACCAACCUGUGGCAGCGCUACAAGUUCUUCAAUACAGUGAAGUACAUGAUCGGGGGCUAUCCCUACUCACUUCAGGACAUCGAGAACGGAGUUCUGAGAGGAAACAGGAAGGGUGUUGGCAUGAUCACCAGGCCAUUCUCCAAGUCUGACCCUCGACUCAAGGUCGCCCUGGAGACACAUGAACCACUCAUCCACUUCGGGCUUGUGUGUGGUGCCAAGAGCUGCCCACCCAUCAAGACUUACACACCAGAGGGCGUGAUAGAGCAGCUGCAGAUGGCGGCAGAGGCGUUCCUGGACGGUCCUGAUGGGUGCCAGGUGGAUGUUGGCAAGAAGACAUUGUAUCUGUCGCAGAUCUUCAAGUGGUAUCAGGAGGACUUUGGAAAAGACAGUGAGGAGGUGGCACAGUGGGUCUACAAGAACAUGGGUGAAGGUGAGAAGAAAGACCAGUUGAAGGAGGUCCUUGCAGGGAAGAAGUUCAAGGUCUCGCACUUGCAUUAUGACUGGUCAGUCAACUCAUAAACUUAAACACUAUUGACAGUUGUCAUCUAUGAAACUGAGCAACUCAAGUCUACUGCUCAAACACCAUGUGUUCUAUCUACACUGACAGAAAGAGGAUGUUGUGUACCUGAAUUCUCCACAAGACAAUGUCAUACCAUCUUUAUGUUACUUGUUGCGAAAUUAUGUGUCUUAAUAUGUCAUAACAUCAUUUAUUUCCAACAUGUAUUAUAUAUUCCUAUGAAAUUUACGUAAUAAUGAUUACAUUAUUAAGGCAAUGAUGACACCAUUGUUGACAGAGCUCAGUUCCUCUACACAGUUUAAUAUCAGAAUAAACAAUACUAUACAACUUCAUUACGACAGCGUGAGAGAAUACAGAAAUUAUUCCAUUUGUGCGUGUAUUAUUCUGAUUUAAAAAAACUUGUGUCAGAAUUUAUGUAUUCCAUUCUCCCUCUUGAGACCACAAGAUGCCUGACACCGAUUUGUAACAUCAUUCACUCAAACAUGUUAUUAUUGUUAAUACAAUUGUGUUGCAAGUAUUUACACAUGCGUUGAUUAUGCCUUACGAUAUUGGUCAUAACAUCCAUUGAUGCUUUGUCAAGAUCAUGAAUUGUGAUAUAUAGCCUAUGGAAGAUAUAAGCUAUGUUACAAAUAACUAUGCCAGAUUAUGUGUUAUGAUAUAUAUCAUUGUUAUAACUCCAUUAAGAAUCUUGCAAUUCCAUUGGUUAAUCUGUACCAUGUGACGAAACAAUACAUUCAAUGUAGACCCUGAAAUCAUGUGUCUGACACAGACCUCGAUUCUUGACUCGUCACAUGAUCAGUAUUGACCUGUCACGUGAUGAAUAUUGACUUCUCUGAUGGAAAAUGGCAUCUGGUCCAAGCUUGAUAACGGAAACAGAAGAUGGUUCAAAGAAUUCAUUAACUUUUAAGUGAAUGUGGGAAUAACUAACGAAUGAUGACUCUUAACAAGGUAAAUAUACAAAAACAAGGACCUUCGGACCCAACCCUGGAGGUGGUCCUUGUUUUGCAUAUUGACCUUGUCAAGGGUAAUUAUUUUUAAAUCGUCACACUAUUUCACAAGGUACAUGAGACCUUUGCAACUCAAAGUGCUUGGGAACAUCAUAUAUUCAUGGAGUUAUUAGUUUUUUAAGAUAAAGAUAAAGAGUUUUUAUAUUUGAUGCUAUGUCCAUAUAUCCUUAUAUGUAAGUGUCGCUAUUACCUUGCCAAAUGUUGCCAUGGAUACUAAAGCACAAUAUAGUGGAAUAUAUUUGACCAUUCUCCUUAAUUCUCUCAAAAUGCAUAUUCCCCUCUGAAAUUGCCAGACUGAUGGAGCUGAGGUUUGGCUUGUAUGGUUUUCCUUCAGAUGACAGGAAAGCAUUAGAUCUUUGGUGUUAGUAUUUUGUACUUUAAUAUUUGAAUAUCAAUGCUGACAGCAACUUUUGUUUAAGUCACUGUCUUUGUUGACAUUUCAAACUGUAGACUGCAUAUCCAGGAGAGCUAUUUUUAGAUUUUUAUGUUGGAUGGUCAUGUAUGUCAAGAGGCCAUCUAGAGUUAUCUCCCUUGACAGCAGCCAUGUUAACAGAUUCUCUUGUUUUAGAAUAGUUACUGGUCAUUACGCACAAAACUGGAUCAAUCCAGAACAGCCAUUCUUUUGGAAGCUUGUAAUCUAUAUGAAGUUUGGUUUACGUUUGUAUGUACUUUUUUUGCUGGAAUGUAGAAAUGUCAUGAGCUGGGUCAGACCUCACUGACACAGUGGGGGAUAACUCAUACAGAGUUUUUGAACUUCACAGAUAUUUGGUCUUUGAAAGGCAUUUAGAAGUGAUAUAUAUAUGGAAGAGAAUUUAUGAAUGUCAACUUCUUUAUAAGAGGAACACAACGUGUUGGAGUACAUGCUGCCAUGAGGCAGAGAGCAUAUGUAUGUACAUAAAAGGACAACAAAAGCGCCAAUCAUCUGUUGGCUUCCCUUGUAAGUUUCUACCCUUUGUUAUUUUCCACCUUUUGUUAUCUUAUUAAUUUUGUUGUCCUGACAUCUACAUAUAUAUGCUCUCUGCCUCAUGGCAUUCAUUCACCUGAUGAAGGAGUAAGUAUAUACUCCUAAACUUUGUAUUCCUCAUAAUAAAGAAGUUGACAUCUAUAAAUUCUCUUCCUUGACAGUUAUUUGUGUGGACGUUUGUGAAAUUGGUGUGAUCAUCAGUUUUAUUAUCACAGUAAGAUGAUAUCUUGAAUCUAGAAUUCUCAUUUUUACUUACAUUUUUGGUAUUACUUAUUUUUAUAGGAAGAUUACAUUAUACAGUAAAAGCAAUAAAAUAUUCUACUCUCAA